AUGCUCCUUCGCACGCUAUUCGGCGCCUUUUGUCUCUACUGUGUAUCAUGGACCGGUAGCUCCGGUCUUUCGACCAUCACGAACUCUGCAGAUCUUGCAGCCGUUGAAUUGUCGACCAAAGUCCACGUGCUACUGGUUAUGAGGACGAAAGACGAGACGCAGGAACAAAGUCUGGAGGAGCUGGUGACCACGGCAUAUCCGGCUCUGCUGGCUAUCGAGAAGGAACUCGAGGGACUUGUCACCUUUAGUGUCGUCGAUAUUGCGUCCCAUAAAGUUUCGUUCGGCAACAAGUGGCAGCUGACAAAGCUCCCUGCACUCGUACUGUACAAAGAUCCACCCAAGGAGAACCCCUACACUGGGAAAUUGUAUCGAGAUGCAAUGAGAAUAGACUCUGCGAUGCUUGAGAAUCCAAAAAAGCUCAAAAGGACAUUGAAACAAGCGAUACCGAUGGAAUUUGUACAGGAACUUAAAGGUGACGAAACGACGUUCCUAAACUUUGAGAAGUUGGUGCAACAAAAGGUUGACGACGAGGAGACGUUGGUAUUGUUUUUUUCAAAGCAGAAACACGCGUCCCCGAUGUAUCGAGCUUUGGCUGCAGAAUUUAAUGACCAAGGACUGAGUUUUGUGUUCUUAAACAAAGAGGAGAAAGGAACGGAGGAGAUUAUGAAGAUGUUAGUGGUGGAAGAGCUGCCGGUUAUGAUGGUAAUGAAAUCCAUGAUAGAGUAUGAAGUGUUAAAGGCACAGAACUUGAAGACGUACAAUGAAUUCAAGGGUUUCGUGAAGACUUUUGCGACGCACAAGAGAAGUGGAGGUUAUGCUGGAGAGAAGAGGAACAAAGGAGGGAAGAAGAAUCUAUUGUAUAUCAAGUUCUUUACAGAAAAAGAAUUUGACGACUUGGUCAUGCAGCCGGAUGUAGUUUGGAUUAUUGAGUUCAUGGAUUUGGAACGCGAGAUGGCUAUAACAGAAGACGAGUGGAAGAAAGCGUUAACCGAGUUGCAUCGUAAGGCAGGUGUGGUGGCGAUGGGUGCAGUCAGCUGCGAGAAGGAAGCAGAAUUGUGUGAGCGUCAUGGUGGGCCUGGUGUUCGUAUUUUUCCGCUGGGGCUUACUCAUGACAAGAAAUUGAAACGUGAUGGUGUCCUUGCUCAAACGUUUACAACAAUUGAUGAGGCAAAAGAGACUUCUAUUGCAACGAUUCCCGACCUCACUGUUACGAUCGCGUCUUCAUCUGACUUAAAUGCAUUCAUCUCCCAUGCUCGAGAAAAUCACGCAUUGCCUGUCUUGCUCUUUACCACCAAGAAGACUACCCCGCCAAUGAUAAAGGCUCUUCUGCUGUCUGUCCCGACACAAAAACUCAUGUUAGCAGUUAUUCACGAUGCUGACGAAGAUUUGAGAGAGCGAUUUCUAGUAAAGUCACCUGCAAGCACUUCACUGGUAUGCCUGGUGCCAACCCAAGUCAACUUGGACGACUCAGCCUCGGCUCCUUUUGGUGUCGUUGCUUACGAGAAGAAAAGAAUGGGAUCGUAUACCUAUCCAAACAUUAUGCAAUUUCUUUUGCAAGUGCUUGCUCAAUAUCCACACCCUCAAGACGCCAAGCCUAAGAGUAAUGACGUUGAUUUGUCGUCACUCGACGAAGUAGCUGCUCAGUCGCUUGUUCCGUACAUGACCAAGAAAAACAUUUAUGACAUUUGUGGGGGCCACAAGAUUUGUGCAAUUGGAUUCUUCGAGGACCAUUUGGAUACGCUAAGAGACCCGGAGUCGCGUCUUACGAAGUGGUGGACUACAUUCGUGCAUGUAGCUGCUCGGAGCAAGGAGAACCACGAGCCAUUUCAAUUCAUGUGGGUGAACGGAAAAUGUCAAAAGAAUUUUGCUAAAGCGUUUGGCAUUGGCCUAUUCCAAAUGCCGACGCUCGCUGUGUAUUCCCCAUCAAAGCAGCGCUUCGCAACGAAUGUGGGAGUGUUUGACGAAGAGAAUGCGUCUGCGUUCUUAAAAAGCGUGCUGUCUGGCAGCAUCAGCACUGCUCCGAUCGGAGACGUUCCUGAGCUAGACGAAGAGUGUUCGUUCGACGAGAUUCAUGAUGUAGCAGAAGGAGUUGAUGGUAUCACUGAAGACGACACAGAUCUGGACGAUAUGCUGAAUGAGAUUCUUUUCGAUGAAAAGCAGCAGCGUGACGAGCUGGAAAAGGAACUAAAGUCUGAGCUGAAGCAGCCACUGAAGCGCAAGAAGAAGAAGGACAAAACCAAGAAGAAAAAGAAGCACAAAACCAAGACAAAGAUGUCGAAGAAGAAAACGGGACAACGUGACGAGCUGUAA